AUGGCUUCCGCGGACGAGCUCAAGGCUCUGGGCAACAAGGCAAUCGCCGAGAAGAACUUUGACGAGGCUGUCGCCAAGUUCACCGAGGCUAUUGCCAUUCAGCCCGAAAACCACAUCCUCUACAGCAACCGAUCUGCCGCCUACGCUUCCAAGAAGGACUGGGACAAUGCGCUGAAGGACGCCGAGAAGACCACCGAGAUCAAGCCCGACUGGGCCAAGGGUUGGGGCCGCAAGGGUGCUGCUCUGCACGGACAGGGCGAUCUGCUGGCUGCCAACGAUGCCUACGAGGAGGGUCUGAAGCAUGAUGCCAACAAUGCUCAGCUCAAGAAUGGUCUGGCCUCGGUCAAGAAGGCUAUGGAGGCCGAAGUCGGUGGCCCCCAGGACCCCAGCGGAGGACUCGGUCAGAUGUUUAACGAUCCCAACAUGAUCCAGAAGCUGGCCUCAAACCCCAAGACCAGCGGCUUCCUUGCCGACCCCGCCUUCAUGGCGAAGCUGCAGUCGAUCAAGAACAACCCCGAGAACGCAUCCGAGAUCUUCAGCGACCCCCGAUUGUUGACCGUUAUGGGCGUGUUGAUGGGCGUUGAUCUGCAGAUGAGCGAGCGCGAGGUCGACCCCAACCAGCAGGACUCACCUAUGCCUGAUGCGCCACCCGCCCCUAAGCAGCCCGAGCCCAAGAAGGCCCCCGAGCCUGAGCCCGAGCCCGAGCUGGAUGAGGAGGCUCUGGAGAAGAAGAAGGCCAAGGAGGAGGCCGACAAGGAGAAGGCCCUCGGAACUGAGAACUAUAAGAAGCGCAACUUUGACGAGGCCAUUGCGCACUACAGCAAGGCUUGGGAGCUCUACAAGGACAUCACCUACCUCAACAACCUUGGAGCUGCUUACUUUGAGAAGGGAGACUACGAUAAGUGUAUCGAGGCCUGCACCAAGGCCAUCGAGGAGGGCCGUGAGAUUUACGCCGACUUCAAGCUCAUCGCCAAGAGUUAUGCUCGUAUCGGUACGGCCUACGACCGCAAGGGUGAUCUGGAGCUUGCCGUGGAGAACUACAACCGAUCACUGACGGAGCACCGAACUCCCGAUGUCCUGAACAAGCUCCGAGCUGCCGAGCGGGCCAAGGUCGAGGCCGACCGCGUGGCCUACAUCGACCCCGCCAAGGCCGAGGAGGCUCGUGAGGAGGGUAACAAGAAGUUCAAGGAGAUGGACUUCCCUGGUGCCGUUGCUGCCUACACCGAGAUGGUGAAGCGAGCUCCCGAGGACCCCCGUGGCUACAGCAACCGAGCUGCGGCUUUCAUCAAGCUCUUUGAGUUCCCCAGCGCCCUCGAGGACUGCAAUGCUGCUAUCAAGAAGGAUCCCAAGUUUAUCCGGGCUUACAUCCGCAAGGCCCAGGCCUACUUUGGCAUGCGCAAGUACUCGGAGUGUGUGGAUGCCUGCGGUGAGGCCCAGCAGGUCGACCAGGAGCACCACGCUGGUGCCAAUGCUCGAGAGAUUGAGCAGCAGCAGCAGAAGGCGUUCUCAGCCAUGUACUCUGCCCGCGACAACGAGACUGAGGAGCAGACCCGUGAGCGUCUGAUGAAGGAUCCCGAUAUCAUGGGCAUCAUGCAAGACCCCGUGAUGCAGUCGAUUCUGCAACAGGCUCAGUCUGAUCCUGCGGCACUCCAGGAGCACAUGAGAAACCCUGGCGUGCGGUCCAAGAUUCAGAAGCUGAUUGCAGCGGGUGUCAUUCGCGUUGGACGGUAA